UCCUACUCUUAAAGGGAGACUGUUCCAGUGUUCCGUUUGGAAGAAAUGCGGAGAGGUGAGCACGACAGCUAAUGGUACUAUGAUGGCCUUGCACUUUCCCUUUCGCUUUCCCCCGCAGCAGGCUCGCUCGCAGGACGGACAUUGCCGUCGGGUCAUGGUCGCCUUUCCGUGCCGGCCAAAGCAUUCUUACCGGCGCAGCUGCUUCUUCCAUCUCCCUCCAGGCAAGGAAUCCCUAAGCUACACCAAAAGGGAGACACUGCGCUGUAGCUUCGUGCCUCCCUCCUCUGCUUGCCUUGCUUGCUUUAUUCCCUCCCUCACUGCACUUUUCCCUGCCACUCCAUCCCCCCAUCCCCCUUGCUUUCCCCAUCCACCCACCCCGUCAGGGCGUCAACUGUGUGAGGGAUUCUUGGCUCUCGACGCUGUCCGUCGUCUCGUCGAAGCAGGUUAUAUUUGUAUCUCAGGGCUGAAUUCAAGGAGACCAAAAUGCCAUUUGAUACCAACAACCUUAUGUUGCAAAUCAAGAGAAUAGUCUAUCCUUAUGUCAGAUUUGGCUAUCAAUCUGCUUGUGACUAUCCUGUAGUACUCAGCAUUGGAGUUUUGUUGCUGUUCCUACACAAAGCUUGCCCCUCUCUGUUUAUUUUCCUUCUGUCUUCGUCUCCAGUGUUCCUGUUAACUGCACUUCUCCUUGGAGCGCUAUUGAGUUAUGGGGAACCAAGUGCUCUGGUGAUUGGAGAGGAAACAUUGGAGAACCUGAAAAAAUCGCCCCCCAAAGCCAAAGUCUCUGUUAUUGAAUCUUCAGUUGAGGAGGUUCAGAAUGUUGCUGUCACCUGUGCGGCAAAGAGUUUUGAAAGUCCAGUUGUUUGCAUUCAGGAAAGAACUUCCGACAUCUUUGUGCAUGAUACUCAUCGUGAUGAGGAGAAUGUGAUAUCUAUGUCAGCCGAUACUGUUCUUCCUGCAGAGACUUCUGAGCCUACCAAGAAUGAAGUUAUUGUGGAAAGAGAAGAAGAGCAGCAUGUCAAGGAAAUUUGUGAGAAGGUUGAGCACCAGCAUUUUGAGAGCGCCAAUACUGAAAGGUGUCACUAUGAAGUGAACAAUCAGUACCAGUUUGGUGAACUCAUGAGCUCAUGUUGGCAACCUGUUAUGAGGCAGGAACCUUGUUCUGAUUCUGAAUCUGAUCUUAGCGAGAGUUCUUCUGAUGCAUCAAUAACCGACAUUAUUCCAAUGCUUGAUGAGUUAAACCCUCCUGUAAACUUCGGAACUGAUCACCCUUCCUCAACCUUCAGAGACAACCUGAAUUCCUCAUCAGAUGAUGAAGAAGAUGAAUUAGAGGAGGAUGGUGACCUUAGCUCAGAUGAAGAUAGGGCAGAAGAGAAGAAAGACGACGGAAAUAACUGGAGGGACUUUAUGGAUUCGAACUCUUCAGAUAUGGAAAACAAUGGGAACAUGGAGAGCUUAAUGGAGCGGCGAAAAGCAAAGAAUAUUCUGAAGUUUGAACUCAACAGGAAGUUAAUGGACAUGCAAGCCGCUGAUGCAAUUCAGAAAAUGGAGGAGGCAUCACGCUUCCGUGUUCAGGUUCCCUCCAUUUCUACACCAAGGCCUUCAGAGGAAAUGGUAGAGUUACCACAAAUUCCUGAUUCAGCACCAUCUGUUAUACUUCCCUGGAGAAAACCAUUUGAUGUUCCAUUUGACCAAAUUGUGGACCGUAACAGUCAUUUGCAGGAAACAUGGACUCCUCGCUUGUGCUUUCCAUCAACACAGCGUAGGAAACAUGAGAACUUGUAUUUGAGGCAGUCUACUUAUCUGCGACAUCACAACAGCAUAAAGCCGGAGAAGCCUGAAGUCAGUGAAAAAGAUGCGGGUGACUAUCACUCAGACAGCGAUUCUGAGCCAGCAUUGAACAAUGGCAAGUUAUUUGGCUCACUGGAACCACAUGUUGGUGACGAAAUUAAAAUACUAAGUGCAGCGAUUUCAGAAGUAUGCGUGUUAGAAGUAAAUCAUGGAAUUAAGGAAGGCACUGAAAGUACCGUGUCCAUCAAUGGCACAGAUUCAUUUUAUAUCCAAAAAUAUAUAUCCAGCACGUCAGAAGCGAAUGGUUCGGUUUCUGCAGGUUGUGAGCAGCUGCUAAUGUGUACUCUAUCAGAAGAAUAUAAUACCGAGAAACAUACCAUUGAAGCCAACUCCAUCAGUGAAGUUAACUCAUUGUUUAAGUGCCGCAUGGAGGAAGUACUAGUGCAGUCCAUUUCAGAGUCAGGUAUUGAUCAACCCUUGACAGUUAAACUUGAACACGAUUUGAAUGAUACUUCAUCCGCAGAAUCUGUAAUGCCUGUAAUUGAAGCAAGAUCAGUAGAAGACUUGAGUUCACUAUUUGCACAGCUCAAUGGAGAAGCAUUAGAAUGUGCUGCUUCUGACUCCAGUUAUGAUAAUGAGCCGAUACAAGAGAGAUCAAGUGAACCAUUGCCUGUGGAAAAUGGGCAUACUCCAGAACUACCAACCAAAGAUGGCAAUUCAUGUUUGACUCUUGACAAUCUGGUGGCUGAGAAGGUCGAAUGUAAAUCAAAGGAGCUGUUAACUGAAGAUGGUGAGCUUCCUGUUUUAGAGGCAAGCUCAGUUGAAGAGAUGAACUCACUGUUCAGGCAACUGCAAGAUGAAGCGCGGGCACAGAUGCCUCAUAGCUCAGAGCUCAUUUUUGGUGAACGUAAUGGGAAGGCUGAUUCUGGUGUGCCAGUUCCUGGUGCAAAUUCUAAUGAAGGUAUCAGUUCUGCUUUUGUGCACUUAAGGAACGAUGAUGAUAAAAUUCCUGGAGAUGGUGAAGUAAUCCUGGAUUCUGUGGAGCGAAACUCAGGACUGCAUGCCAUGGAUACCAAUAUUCUGAAUGGCGAUGGGACAUCUGUAUCCGAUAGUACCAAAGCAAUUGAGGUCAAAGAAUCACUUGAAAGGGCUUAACCUUCUGCUAUUUUACUCAAGGGCAGCCAGCUGAAGAGACGUACGUGGGAGUAAAUAUUUGAUCACAGCGUGCAGCUACAUCAUCUCCUCAGAAAUAUUUUUGGCCUUUGGAGAACAAUUGAUGAAGAUGUCCAUGUCCAUAAUAUUCCCUCCCUCUCUUGGUUACUCCGUUCAUACUGUUUUAUUUUUCCUUUCUGACAAAAUAUGGUGAUAUUCGGAGCCGCAGUUUUCUAGUAGCAUGAAUCACUAGUUUAUCUGUCAAAGUGCGAGAUUUUGUAAUGGAAAUCUGUUUGUUUGUUUCAUAUAUUC